AAUGUCCUGUUGCUGGAGUUGAUAAUCCUCAACGCAAAUAUAAAGCUUCUCAAUACAGGUGUAAAUAUAGACUCAGAUUAAAAGAAAAAGAAUUGAAUUUUUUUAAAUAUGUAUGCGAACAUUGAAACAGCAAUGCAAAUUAUUAUUAAGUUGCUACAUUUUGUUUUUUAAAUUGUACUAAUAAAGUUUUUUCCACAUAUCUCUAACCCCAAGAAGAUCCUUGAGUUUUUCAAAAGCUUGUCGCCAUGGAAACAAACACAUCAAUGACCUCUCAGAAUGACGAUAACCUGUGGAAGAUGGAUUCCAAGAUGGUGGCAGACAAUAAAGAAACAGCAAACAUUAGUCCUCCUGGAGAGAAAACCUUAAAUGACCCCAAUGACCCUCCCCCAACUGACUCGACUCAAAAUGAUGCAAUAAACAUUGACGGUGCAGAUUAUAAAUUCAUCCCACUCCAACAAUCCCUUUCAAACAUGGGGCCACCAUUGCCGGGAGGGAGGUACGAAGACCUAGCCGCAAGUAAUUCCAGUGUGACCCUUGUGUUUGAGGCAGGUGACGACACUGAGGCUGAAGCUAAUCCCAUCAGAUUACACUGGCAUCAUAGUGAAAGGCAGUCAAUGGAAACACACAGGGACACUGAGGAAGUGUCAGCAGGUACGCCACGGAUUCUUGAGGAGUUGAAAGACCUUACUCGAAAUGCUGAGGACCAAAUACCCAGGGGUCCAUUAAGAGGAACAAAAGACGAAUUUCCGAAGCUAGCAUCUUCAGACACUGUGGACAAGGUAAGAGAUGAAAUCCAACAACAAGAAGAUUUAACUAUGGAGGACAGAAAAGGCGACAAGAUUAGAAAAAUCUUCCAAAACGAGGAAAACAUGAUUGCUGGAGCACUCGGUGAUUUAAAGACAGAAAAGAAACAGAAUGAAGAGGCCAAGUAUGAGCCUAGAGAUGAAUUUGGGAGAAUAGCUUCAGAUAUUCUUCAAGGCGAAAGACUUCUUCAGCGUUUGCAACUAGUGCAGCAACGACAGGAGGCAGAUAUGUCCCAAGAGGUUCGCCAUGAGAUGGAACAUGAGGAGAAGUUUUUGGCUGAAGCGGAAAUUGGAGGGGACCAGACAGGCCAAGACCAAAAAGACCAGAUCAGAUUUCACACCAUCAGGACAAAGACAAGCCUGUUGGAAAGAGAAAAGACUGAAGGAACUGAGAGAGGAGAAACCCAAGAGAAGAUACUUGAGCACUUUGGUACUCCCACAAGAGAAGCAAAUUGUUCUGAUGAUACCCCAAGUCUCAGUUGUGAGUCUCCAAUCAGUUCCAAUGAAACCAUUUCCACUUCAAGUACCCUUCGAUCCGCCCGGCACCGUUUCUCCGUCACGGAAACGUCCACGGAAAAGCAAAUCCAUGAGGAUGCCCAAGGGAAACAAAACUCGCAGAGGUCUGGGGGGAUUCUGAACCUGGCGGAUGAUCCGGAUGUACUGGAAAUCCCCUUUAAAACAAAUAUCGUGUUCAAAGUAGCACCCACCAAAAUCUGUCAAGAUCAGGACGAUGAAUGGCAGUUGAAGGUGCCGAGUCAGGAGAGUCCGAGAAGACUUGGAACUGGACAGGAGGAGGUCUCAGAGUUUGGUAGAAAAGAGGCCCAUCAAAAGACAAAAUUGCUGUUUGAAGAUUUCCAGCAGGAUAACACACACGGUCCAACCAGAUUACGAAAAGCUGCUUCAACAUCAUUGACAAAUCACGAUUCUCCUACGGUUCUCGAACGUACGCUUAGCUUGGAUAUGUUUUCGCUCUCGGAAAAGAAGAAAAGUUCCGAAAACCUGGGCUCCAAGAUUCCGAGUGCGGGAUCUCGAGAUCGGACCCGAUUAUCGCCAUACCCAAAUGUACGUCUUUGCCGAAGUUCGGACUCCAUCAGUUCAGAUGUCUCCGUGGUAGAAAAUGACAGAUCUGAAGGGACUGGACGGGAAGCUCCCGUGCUCCAACAAAAUCCUUUCUUCAAGUUGCGUCCAGCAUCGGCUCUAAAGCCAAAGGUUGAGGAGGACAUCCGGGAAGCUGAAGCAAGAGAAGACGAACUUCGGAAACAACGAGAUUCCUUGUAUGGAGAGAAGCAACAUCGUACAGAGGAAGGUGACAAGCCGAAACGUACUUCGACUGUCAUAGCAGGUGGAAAGCAACGGUCUCGGGGUAAACUGGAACGAGUCUGGCCACCACCCAGCAAGAAAGAGCAACUUAAAUUUGAACAUACACAGGUGCCGAGUGUACACAGAGCUGGAAAUCAGAGGUCUAAUCUCUGGCAACGCUGGGAGUUUGGUCAAAUCAACGGACAGCCGUCACCAGAAAAGGACUGACAACUCCGACAUCAAAUAUCAACAUUGAAAUUAUUGUUCCAAGUAGUUAAAUCCUGUUUAUGUAUUAGCGUUUCACACCUGGUUUGUAUAUUUUGCUUCAACUAACUAACUGUAGCUCGGUUAUAUUCUUUUCUUUUUUGGAGUUUUAAAUUUGUUUCUAUAGUAAACAUCCACAAUAAACGUCUUUUUGCCCUUUAUUUU